UUUAAGCUUUCUUGGUGUUCAUAAUUUCUAUUGAGGUUAGCCAAGCAUGUUUAGAGCUUUGAGUUCACGGAGAAGUUGUUGCAAUCAUGAAGGUGUAGCUGAUGAACCUACGGUCAGUCUGUUGGACGCCAAGUUGAAGAAGACGAGGAGUUUGACCGCUCGAAUAUUUGGUUCCUCGUCAAGUUUAUCGCAGGAAUUAUUGCCCGACGGUUCUCAGGUAAAACACAAAAAGAAGGUUAACAAGAGCCAUUCACAUCCACUAUUAAGUCUAUUUUUAGCUCGUGGCAAGAAGAAAAUGACAACAACAGCUAGUCCUGAAUUUGCAAGGUAUAUAGAAUAUGUGAAGGAGGGAGGACUAUGGAAUAUGGAUUCAACUUGGCCUGUAACACAUUAUGACUGA